UAGGUGGAUCAAAUGAAGUAGGAAAAACUGAUAUGGAAAAAAAGAUAUAUAAUCUUAGGAUAACAACAUAUAUCCUCCGUCAGAGGUUGGGCCCGUUGCAGAAAAAGAUGGACGAAGCCAAAAAGCAGUUAGAACAGGUUUUAGCUGAAUUUACUGAGGCUCGAAAAGUUGCAAAUGAUUGUAAAAUCCGGAUCGAUUCACAAAAUAUGACACAGAGUGGCUACAAAAACCUUGUUGAUUAUCAAGAAAGGCUCUCAAUUUCUCAUAAUUCUAUGGAGAAACAAUAUAAUGAAAAGUUGGAGGAAUGUGGUGGUCAUCAAGCUGGUAGAACUCUAAGCAUUAAAUCAAAUAAGUUUAACGUAGCAGUUCCUGUUGCUUGGCAUGUGACAAACCCAGCCCUCGAAGACUGUCAAAUUGACCUACAGAUAUUAGAACAAAAAUUACAAGUUCUUGCACAUCGAAUUAAACAAGCAGAGUAUAUGGUUAGUGAGGGGAAAAUAUCAGCCAAAAGGGUGUCCAAUACGACAAUCCGGUGCAAUCCAAAAAUUCCUGAUUCAAUCCAGAACAAGUAUGACAUGGCCAGGGAAAACAGGCGUCAAUUAUAUGAAGAAUACCAGAAAAUAAGCGAGAAAUACCAAAGUCAAAU